AUGGUUGACACUGGAAAAACAUAUCAAAACUCUGAAGAGAACGCCAAAGACGACCCCCAAGCCCCUUUGAUACAGCCAGGUCCCGAUGACAGUGCGCCUUACAAACUCCCCUGGCCUUUGAUGGGUCCUUUAUCCAAAAACAACGAAGCUCGAAACGUGGCUGAUAAUUGGAUUGGAAAUGAACUUCUUCCUCGCCUUGAGGACAAGUACGGGCCCCAAGCCGUCAAAUCGAAUAUGAUCAGUGGCUACUGGCCUGGCCUAUUCGACAAGGCCAUGGUGCUGGGUGCCAUGUUAUCGCGUUGUCUAGAACGGAACAAUGAUUGCGAUAUAGAUCAUGUGGUUUCAGAAAUUCUUUCUGGCCAGACAUUGAAUGAUUUGUACGCCACUGUGGCUAAUCAGAAUACGGAAUUCUUGAUCAACUCACUAGUAUUAUUAGCUGCAAUACCCAAGCUAGCUCCGAUUGAAGCUCAUAGGGAAUCAUGUAAAGAGUAG